GUCCGCACAAUCCUCCGCCCCAAGUCAUUCCAUUGACUGGAGUUAGGAUUUUGGUAUCUAACUUGACUAGAAACCCUGCUCCCGUUCGCUGCGGACAGCGAAGUUGCUCGAUCGCCGUUUCUCCUGCUCCGUACGCCGCGUUGUCGUGAAUGUUGAAACGGCGAGUGGCGACUCUUCCGCGGCAGUGCAUGGGAGCGGACUGCGAGAAGCGAAGAGGGAAGGUUUGAUUGGAUCACUGGCAGCUCAGAGGGCGGAGCAAUGAGUGAGGGGGACGGGCACUUCUACAGUGUCCAGGUGGGUGACUCCACCUUCACAGUGCUGAGGCGGUACCAGCAGCUCCGUGCCAUCGGAUCAGGGGCCCAGGGAAUCGUCUGCUCAGCUCUGGACACAGUUCUCGGUUUUCCAGUUGCAGUGAAGAAGCUGAGCCGACCGUUCCAGAACCAGACCCACGCCAAGCGGGCCUACAGAGAGCUGGUGUUGCUCAAGUGUGUCAACCAUAAAAACAUUAUUAGGUUACUGAAUGUCUUCACACCUCAGAAGUCACUGGAGGAGUUCCAGGAUCUGUACCUGGUGAUGGAGUUGAUGGAUGCCAGCCUGUGUCAGGUGAUCCACAUGGACCUGGACCAUGAGAGGAUGUCCUACCUGCUAUACCAGAUCCUGUGUGGCAUCCGACACCUGCACUCUGCUGGCAUCAUCCACAGGGACCUGAAGCCCAGUAACAUCGUGGUGAAGUCUGACUGCACGCUGAAGAUCCUGGACUUUGGGCUGGCCAGGACAGCCUGCACUAACUUCAUGAUGACGCCGUACGUGGUCACCAGAUACUACAGGGCACCAGAGGUCAUCCUGGGGAUGAAGUACAAGGAGAACGUGGACAUCUGGUCUGUGGGCUGUAUCAUGGGAGAGAUGGUGAAGGGGAGUGUCAUCUUCCAGGGAACAGACCACAUUGACCAAUGGAACAAGGUGAUUGAGGUUCUGGGCACACCCUCCCUGGAGUUCAUGAACCGCCUGAUGGAGACAGUCAGAAACUAUGUGAUGAACAAGCCUCAGUUCCCUGGAAUCAGCUUCACCGAGCUCUUCCCUGACUGGGCAUUCCCCUCCGAAACUGAGCACGACAAGCUGAAGACCAGUCAAGCUCGGGACCUGCUCUCCAAGAUGCUGGUGAUCGACCCCGAGAGCCGAAUCUCUGUGCAGGAGGCCCUGAAUCACCCCUACAUCCACGUGUGGUACGACCCAACCGAGGCAGAUGCGCCUCCUCCUCAGAUCUCUGACAAACAGCUGGAGGAGAGGGAACACAGCAUCGAACAGUGGAAAGAACUGAUUUAUAAAGAGGUUAUGGACUGGGAGGAGAGGAACAAGAAUGGUGUGAUGAAGGAAGAGUGUUCAGAUGCAGCUGUGAACAGCAGCACCACAGCCUCUCAGUCCUCUUCCAUCAAUGACAUCUCAUCCAUGUCCACAGAGCAGACGCUGGCCUCUGACACAGACAGCAGCAGCAUAGACGCCCAAACGGGGGCUCUAGAGUAGCCACUCCCUCCCUCCUUCCUUCUCUCUCACUUUCUCUUCACUUCAGUCUUUCUCCGCAUAUCUGUCUGUUUGUCUGUUUCUGAGCGCAAGGCCUUCAGGCAACAA